GACUUAAUAGUGUAUAUGGUCUGACUUCUUGAAAACUUAAUUUCUGUCCCCAGACGUUUGGCAUACAUCAACAGAUAUAAAUGCACAUAGCCUUGCACAGCGAACAGAAAAUGCUGGCUGGGGAAAUGCUGCGUUAACCGACCACGCGCCGCCUGAAUUAGGGCAGCAGGAGCAUAUCGCUGCACAUCUUCAGCGCAUGAAUCGCUUGCGGAAGCCUGGAGAUGAGCGGUCCUGAAAACGAUGUUGUAUUUGCAAGGCUCAAGUCCUUGCAAGACAACAUCAAAAAUCUAAAGCCCGGCAAAAGCGAUGCGACGGUGGUGGCAGUCGUGCAGGAGGCGCUUGGAUUUUUGGCCGCGUGUUCUGUAACAGAUGUGGUGGCAGUAGCACUAAAAGUCCUGGAGGAUGGGCUCGUCCUCAGCCCCCAAGCUGGGACCAUCUUACGCCUUGAGGGCGGUCUGAAGCAGGUUGUACGGCACCUGAAGGCGGCUCCCAACUUGGCUGCGGUGGUGGGCCCCUGCGCGCGCAUCCUGGCGGUCGCAGCUGCCACCAGCAAUGUCACACAGCAGGCGCUAGCCAAGGAAAAGGGCCUGGGUGCGAUGCUUCUGAAUGCCUGCUGCCUGCACGUGCACGACCCCGCCAUAGCCGGACCGCUGUGCGAGGCCAUGGCGCACAUCAGCAAGGCGCCAAAGGGUGCCGUACAACUGGAGUGCGAUGCGGCGUUGCCCGUACUUCAGGAGCUGCUGGUGUCGUACCUUGGCAACUGGCCCGUAUUUGGCUGGGUGCUCAAAAUCAUGAAGAACCUUGCCAAGUACGAAUACACGCAGUACGGCGGAGCUGCCAUGUACGGCACUUGGGCUGCCGCUGGAGGAGCUGGAGCAGCAGGCGCAGCAGCAGGGGGUGUUGCAGCAGCAGCACCACAUGCUGUACCGCCGCCUUCAUUGACCUCGCCCUUUGCGCCCUACCCUUCCUCUACAGCAGGAGCAGGGCAGGCUGUAGCAACCCUGCCGUACGGUUCCCCUUCCCUUUCGCUCUACCCAAUCACCGCCUCACCACAAGUAACCGUACCAGCGUCAUCGCAACUGGCAGCACAGCCCCUCUAUCCAACCUCCGCCACCGCCCUUGCUGCCAGUGGAGUCGCAGGGGGGAUACCAGCAGGCAUCGGCAGCAGCUGCUACAGCCAACAGCAGCAGCACGGCAGCGGCCUCGGCGCUCCCCUCAUUCCCAGCUACUAUCUAGCAGGCAACGGCGGUUGUACCAGCGCUACCAGCAAUGGUACUGCCGCUGCUGCUGCUGCCGGUGGUUUCGGCGCAGCUGCGGGGGCAGCAGCAGCAGGAGGAGCUGCAGCCCUAGCAGCAGCAGCAGCAGCAGGAGGGGGAGCAGUGUUGGAUGCAGCUCGAGGCGGCACGGGGGUGCUGUCAGCCACCGGGGAGGGCGUGCGGCUGCUGCUGGGGGUGGCGAGAGUGCUGGCGCGGAUACCCGAGCAGAAGAAGUUGCUCAAGCGCUGCAGCCGCGCCGUGUGGCUGCUGUGUCCGCACGUGCUGGUGCCGCUGCCGCCGCUGGAGCCGCUGGUGCCGCUGCCGCCCAAGGACGUGCCGCACCUGGCGGGGGUCAUGUCGGCCGGUGAGGCCGACCCCGCCCGCCACGCCGAGCUCUUCCCCGAGGAGUACCCCUGGCAGCAGCGCCCCCUGCCGCCGCCACCACCCCCGCAGCAGCUGCAGCAGCAGCCGCUGGCAGCGGCCCUAGCGCAGCUGCUGCCGCCGCCGCCGGGGCCACAUGGGGGCCACCACCAUGGCCCCUAUCACUACCCCCAACAGCAACAGCAGCAGCAGCAGGCUGCAUUGUCAUCGUCCUCCCGCGCGCAGGCCGGUGCUGCCGGUUUCGCUCUGCCACCCUCCGCCAAGCAGCUCUGUCGCUCCCUAGCCGCUGCUAGCUUGGCAGCAGCAGGGGGCGGAGGAGGUGUGGCGGUUGGAAAUGGGGGAGCGUACGGCGCCGGCAGCGGUGGUGACGCUCCCGGUGGGGCAGGAGGGCAUUAUGGGGGAGGAGGAGUGGGAGCAGCUGGAGGGCCGUACGCUUCUACGGCGGCGAUGGUAGCGGGCGCUGGUGCAGGCGGCGGGUGUACGGCGACAGGUAAUGGUGGCCGCAGUAGCAGCAGCGGCAGCAGUAGCGGUAGCACAACUGCAGGGGGAGCAGCAGCGGCGGCGGGGGGUGGCAGCCCUGCCGGCACGCUGGGCCUUAUGCCGGAGCCCUUUCACGGGUACGGCAGCAGCUUGGACUGCGAGAUGGUGCUUCACGACCUGCACCGCAUCCUCAACCCCCGCGCCCUCGUCAACCGCAUCGUCUACCUGAACACAGCGGCUGCCCCCUCAACCGCCACCACCUCCACCUCCGGCGGCAGCAACAGCAGCAGCAUGAGCAGCGGAGGCGGUGGGGGUGGUGGUGGGGGCAGUGGCUGCGGGAGCGGCGCUGCUGGGUACUUUCCGCACCCCUAUCCUGCCCCAUCCUACCCCAACGGCGCUCCUGUUGCUGGUGGCGCUGGCUCCUACGGCUUGCAGCAGCAGCACCCCGGGGAUACGAGUUAUGGCGGGGCCGGCGGUUGGCCGUCUUGGAACAUGGAUCCCUCAUUAGGGCUAUUGCUACCCAGAAGACCUGGAUCUGGAUCGGGACAUGGAGCCCACCCUGGUUCCAGAUCUGGAACCGGUUGUGGAUCCAGCGGCCAAACGGACGGAGCUGCAACUAUUGGGGAUCUCCAACCCGGACCUCCAGGACCGGGACCCGGAUCCGGUUCCAGAGCUGGAUCAGGAAACGGGUCCCGUACGGGGUCCAGAUCCGGUUCCGGAUCCAGGCCUGGAUCCGGACCUCACCCGUACGGCAGCAGUAACAUUCCCGUGCUUCAAAUGCAGCCAGAUCCCUUUCACCUUCCGAACAUCAACGCGGAUCCAUGGACCCGGAGUACGACAGGAGGGGGUGGCAGUGGUAGCGGUAGUGGGGCUUUGCUACCGCCGCCGUCGCCGCCACUGUCACGGUACGGCAUUACCAACGGCAACACAGCAGUGCUUUCCCCACCCGCUGGGUUGGUGCCGCCGUCGGCGUCGCCUUUGCCGCCUCCGCCACCGCUGAUGUUCCAUUCGGGCUUUGAAAGCGGCAACCUUCGAUGUGCGGCACAGGUGGGCCCCCGCGAGUACGACCUCUUCCUGGCUCCCGACAUCAACGAUCGCUCCGAGGGCGGAAACAUGUGCCAGUGGUUUUACUUUGCCGUCACAGUACCGCCAGAGGCAUGCAGCAGUAGCACCAGUGCUGCUGCGGCUGCAGUACAACAAGGCGGAGGUGGAGGAACGAUACCGUACAGUCCGGUCGUACCGUCCGUUCGCGGUGGUGGUGGUGCUGCUGGUAUCCCACCGUCUGGUGACGCGGCUGCCGCCGCUGCUAGUGCUGCUGCCGCCGCGGCAGCGGGAGUGGGUGCUGCUGGGACAGUGUUGGACGCAGCUGCUGCUGCUGCGGGGGCAACGACGGCGGGGCCAGGAGCCUGGGCGAACCGUCCAGGAAUUAAGCUCAACAUCGUGAACUUGCGAAAAAAAGAAUCGCUCUUCAGCGUAGGCAAGCGACCGGUAAUGUGUCUGGUGCGACCCAUGGGUCCGCCACCGCCCAUGACCCAUGGGUCAUACUCGGCCUCGCCUUCGCCGGUGCCCGGGGCGGCUGCAGUGUCCGCAGCAGUGGCCGCUGCUCGGAAUGCGGUACCUCGGCCACCGCUGCCGACGACGAAUGCGGCUGCUGCGAUGCCGCAAGCUGCGGAGCCGGGGUGCUGGAUUCGUGUGGGGAGCCAUAUCAGCUACUACCCCUCGCCCUAUCGGGGGAGACCAACCGUCGCAGGAGAGGGUGCGGCGACACGGCGGGGCAAAAAACCCUCAGCCGCCGUCCUUGCUGCCAGCGCCGCCGCUGCUGCCGGCAGCGGCACCGGUGGCGGAGGCGCUGCCACCGGGACCGGAGCCACCGCUGCGUCCCCAAGCAGCGGAGGCAAGAAGCUCAAAAGCACAAAGGCCU